AUGACAAUUACUCCCUGGAAAGUCAAUACUGAAAAAAAUCACGAAUUAAUCGAAUUUGCUAAAAACUCCUUAAAUCAUGCUCCACAUGACAAUGAAAAUUAUCAACGUAUGAUCUCCGGUAUGCUGUAUAAUCCAGGAGAACAACAAUUGACCAAUGUACGAAUGAACGCAAGAGAUUACUUAUUAGACUAUGGAAAUUUCAGAUUUAGAGAUUAUAAAACAGCUGAUGAAUUUGCUGAUGCUAAAAGAGAUUAUCUUGCUAAAUUUAUUGGCCAUGUAGGAUCUGGUACAUUUAUGGAAUACCCUAUUUUCUUUGAUUAUGGAUUCAACACAUAUCUAGGUAAGAAUUUCUACAGUAAUUUUAAUUUGACUAUAUUGGAUUGUUCAGUGGUUAAAAUCGGCGAUAAUGUCAUGUGUGGAACAAAUGUAUCUAUCUUGACUCCAGGUCACCCAAUUGAUCCUAAUUUACGUGUUUACGGUGAACACGAUCAAGUGUUGGAAAAUGCAUUUCCAGUAACAAUUGGAGAUAAUUGUUGGCUAUGUGGGGGUUGUACAAUUAUCGGUGGUGUUACUAUCGGUGAGGGAUGUGUCAUUGGUGCUGGAAGUGUAGUCACCAAGGAUGUUCCUGCCAACUCGUUGGUUAUCGGAGUUCCCGCAAGAGUUGUGAAAACUAUGGAUCCAAAGGACAAGUCUGUUGAUUUAAGACAAAUAAUGAAAGAAUACAAGAUUGAAGAGUUUGAAACUGCAUCAUACAACAUCAAUUAA